UUAAUUCUUCCAGUUAUAUUUCAUAAUCUUCAAGGGUAUGAUGCUCAUUUGUUUAUAAAACAACUUGCAAGUUUACCAGGUGAGUUAAAUUGUAUUCCUUCAACGGAGGAAAAAUACAUAUCCUUUUCUAAAAAGAUUAAAGUUGAUGAGUAUAGGUCUAGACGAAAUGGAGAGACUAUUCCAUUAUAUUUUGAAAUACGUUUUAUAGAUUCGUUUAAGUUUCUUCAAACAUCACUUGCUAAUCUAGUUGGAAAUUUACAACCAGAUGAUUUUCAUAAUACAAAACAAGUAUUUAAGAAAAAUGUAGAUUUACUAUCUCGUAAGGGAGUUUAUCCUUAUGAUUAUGUUUCAUCGCUUGAAAAACUAUCCGAAACACAAUUACCACCAAAAGAAGAAUUUUAUUCGAAACUAAACGACGAAGAAAUAAGUGAUGAUGAUUACCAACAUGCUAUUAAUGUACGGAAUACUUUCAAAUGUAAAUCAUUAAGAGAUUAUCACGAUCUUUACCUAAAGUCUGAUGUCCUACUUUUGUCAGACGUAUUUGAAAACUUUAGAAAAACUUGUCUUAAACAUUAUAAGCUAGAUCCAGCACAUUAUUAUACUUCUCCUGGUUUAUCUUGGGAUGCGUGUCUAAAAGAAACGGGCCAGAAAUUACAGUUACUAAAUGAUUAUGAUAUGUUAAUGAUGAUUGAAAAAGGUAUUCGUGGUGGUAUAUCUCACAUAACAAAAAGAUAUGCGGAAGCGAAUAACAAAUAUAUGAAAGGUUAUAAUCCUGAUGAGGAGUCCACCUAUAUUCAAUAUUUAGAUGCGAAUAAUCUUUAUGGUUGGGCAAUGUCACAAUCGCUUCCAACACAAGGAUUUAAAUGGAUGAGAAAACUAACAAAAGAGACAUUAAUGGAAAUUUUAGAGAAAGCAAAUCAUAGUGUGUUAAAUCGUGGAAGAAAAGGUUAUAUAUUUGAAGUUGAUUUGGAAUAUCCUUCAAACCUAUGGGAGGAGCAUAAUGACUAUCCUCUAGCACCAGAGAAGAUGAUUGUUAAUGGUGUUGAAAAACUAAUUUGUCAUUUUAAACCAAGAAAAAACUAUGUUGUUCAUUAUCGAAAUCUUAGACAAUAUCUUGAAAUGGGAAUGAGAAUAACUGCGGUUCAUAGAGGAAUAUCUUUUAACCAAUCUCCUUGGAUGGAACCAUAUAUAAGAAAGAAUACGGAACUUCGAAAAACAGCAGCCAACAGUUUUGAGAAAGACUUUUUCAAACUAAUGAAUAAUUCAGUAUUUGGAAAAACAAUAGAAAAUAUAAGGAAAAGACAAAAUAUAGAACUUGUUGAUAAUCGUAUGAAAGCUGCCAAACUAACAAGUCGUCCAAACUUUGAUAGGGUAACAAUAUUUGAUAAAAAUUUUAUCGCAGUUCAUAUGAAAAAAACCGAAAUCUUUUUUAACAAACCAGUAUAUGUUGGUCAAGCAAUUCUAGAUUUGUCAAAAACUUUAAUGUUUGAUUUUCAUUAUAAUUACAUUAGAAAGAAAUACAAGCAUAAAGCCGAA